CGGCGGCGGCAACGGGCGUACAGCUGGGUUGGGCGUCCUGGGGAGAGAGCGAGAGGUCAGGCCAUGAACCUGGGAGAUGGUUUAAAGCUUGAAACUGAAUUGUUGGAUGGAAAAACCAAGUUAAUAUUGUCUCCAUAUGAAUGUAAAUCAAAAAAUUCUGUGAAGAUGGGAAAUAAGACCAAGAUUGCAAAAUGUCCUUUAAGAACAAAACAAACUGGAUACAUUCUAAAAUCAACCCAAAAUACUUGUAUCAGGAGUGGAAAACUUUUGCAAAAGAAGAGAAUGGGUUCAGAAACUUCACUGGCAAAAGGUGAAAAAAAUAGUAUGACUUUUUCACCCACUAAGGAUUUAUGCAAGCAGUAUGUAGAUAAAGACUGUCUUUAUGUCCAGAAAGAGAUUUCACCUGCAACCCCCAAUAUACAGAAGGCUAGAAACACCAUAAAUACAUCUGUAGUAGCUAAACAGAAGCUUUGCAAAAAACACAUUACAGCUGAAAAUAUGAAGAGCAGUUUGGUGUGUCUAACACAAGACCAACUACAACAGAUUUUGAUGACUGUGAACCAAGGAAAUAAAUCCAUUUCCCUGAUUGAAAGUGGAAAGGAAGAAACAAGUCAGGGCAGUCUACGUUUAAACAAUAUUUCCAAUCAGCCAGAGGAUGAGAAAAUUAUGGGAGUAUUCCAGAAAACUGAGGCUCUUUCAUCUGUCCUGGAUGAAAAUAAAUCUGUUUUAAAUAAAAAUCAAGAGACAUCUAAGCAGUAUGAGCAGAAAAUUGCCAUAGAGAAUGUAUGGAAACCAGCUGACAUAUUCAGUACUCUGGGGGAAAGAGAACGUGACAGAAGUUUGUUGGAAGCAAAAAAAGCCCAGUGGAAGAAAGAGCUUGAUGAACAGGUUGCUUUAAAGAAGAAAGAAAAAGAAGCUUCUGAAAAACGGAACAAUCCGUGGAAAAAAUUUGAAAGUGAUAAAAUAGUAUGGGAAAAAUUUCAAAUUCUUGACCAAUCUAAGGAAGCAGUACCACUGGAGCACCCUUUCAGUGCCAUGAAACAAGAACAGCAGAGGAAAUGGAUUGAAGAUUUGAACAGGCAAAUAGAAGAUGAUCGGCAAAGAAAAAUAGAGGAAAAAAUUACAUCUUCAAAGGGUGAGGAACAUGACAGAUGGGCAAUGCAUUUUGAUUCAUUAAAGAACUAUCCUGCUUCUCAGUCUCAACUGUCCUCUCGGUCAACACACAACCAACCAGAGUACUUCUGUGUCUCUCCGGACACUCAGGAACUGGCUGAUAUCAGCAGUGUUUAUACACCUAUGACUGGAAGUCAGGUUGAACCUUCAGAGGAGGAGCAUAUAGCAAAACCUGUUAGAGAUAAGGCCAUGGCAAACAGUCAGAAAACAAACUUUCUCCGUUCUAUGACUGCUCUCUUGGAUCCAGCUCAGAUUGAAGAACGUGACAGGCGACGACAAAAACAGUUAGAACAUCAGAAAGCCAUCACUGCCCAGGUAGAAGAGAAACGCAGGAAGAAGCAGCUGGAAGAACAGCAAAGAAAGAAGGAAGAACAAGAAGAGGAGUGUCGCUUAGCACGGGAACGAGAAGAGAUGCAGAAACAAUAUGAAGAAGACAUACUUAAGCAAAAACAAAAGGAAGAAAUUAUGACUCUCAAGACAAAUGAGCUAUUCCAGACAAUGCAGAGAGCACAGGAGCUAGCACAGAGGCUGAAACAAGAACAGAGGAUCCGAGAAUUGGCUCAAAAGGGACAUGACACUUCUGGAUUGAUUAAAAAUCUUGGCGGAAAGGUGUUAGGGUUCGAAGCCAACAGCUGCGGAAGAAUUCUUGAGAUGUCUUUGUUGAUAAAAGUGGAAUAUAAGGCAUCUACUAACAACAUUUCAAAUUUAGGACAUGGCUUGGAUGAUGUCAGUGGUAAAAAGAAUACAUGUAUCAGUUCUACAACCUCUCCCAAAAAAGAUACUGCUGUACAAACAGAUGACUUAAAUACAGGAACAUUCACCAAUGCAGAAUCAUGCUGUGGAACAGUAAUAGAGAGGGAAAUUCUAAAUUGUUCAUCUCCUGAGAUUCCUGCAGAAUUUAAUGAACAGUUUAACACUAAGAAAGACAAAGAGGAACUUACAAUAAAUCAGGUUAAAGGAGUCAACUUAGAAAAAGAAAACAGUUGGCAUAAUGAUCAGUGUAAUGAGUUUGGAAGGACAGAGAAAACACCUAUGAAGAAAUGUUCUAAAAGGCCUGAUUGGAAUAUAAAUAAACCACUCAAAAGGUAUAUUCCAGCAUCAGAAAAGUACCCUAAACAGCUUCAAAAGCAGAGAGAAGAAAAAAAAGUAAGAAGGCAGAUGGAACUGCUUAAUUUGGUAGAAAGAAAUAAUCCUGGACAUCUCUCUCAAAAUAGAGGCACUUCACCAGUUCUUCCUUCAUCUCAAGAAACAGAGCCAAGGUUCAGGUGGCAUCUAAUCAAAAAGGAAGAAGAGCCUCUGAAAAUUAAUUCUUUCGGCAAGGAAAGGUCUCAGUCACCACCACCAGUUCCAGUGGUGAAAAGCAGAACGCAACAAACUCAGACACUAAAAAACCGUAAUUAUGAAAGAGAGAAUCUGAUCUUAGAAGAUAGUCAAACAGAAACAUCACCUGGGCUUUCUGAACCAUCUCAUUUUAUCCCCUAUGUCCGAACCAGUGAGAUUUAUUACCUUGAUCCAGAUGCACCUCUCUCUAGGCCUUUAACCCAGGAUCUUCAGUACCAAACUCCACAUGACUGUGACCAAGAACACCGGCAGCUAUUUGAUUCUGAUGUCAGAGACCCACUUCUUAAUCCUAACUUGGUGAAAAACAGGGAUCGACAGCAAGCAAUCCUUAAGGGACUAUCGGAACUGAGACAGGGCCUUCUCCAGAAGCAAAGGGAGUUGGAAACUAAUCUCAUGCCUUUAGCUGCAAAUCAAGAAGAAAAUUUUAAUUCUUCGUUUUAAAUGUAGAAAAUCAAAUCCUUCACAUUUGUUGCUUCUGAAUUAUAAAAUGUGUUCAUUGCAUAACUAUUUUCCAAAAUUUUAAAAAUGCUUAUUUAAAACUUGUACAUUCUGUGGUACAACGCUGUGUGUGUAUAUAUAUUUUUUACAAUAAAACAGACAUUUUUGUAAAGCUAGUAAAAAAACAUUUUUCUGCUCUAUUGCAAUCUAGGUAUUUAAACACUUUCUACUUACCUUAAGACAGGUUUCUGACCUGUUCACAGACCAUGUUCUACACUUACGUAGCU